AUGAACACCGAAUUCCAAACUACCCUCUCAACCCUCGAGAACAGGCUCAACACCCUAAUAACCAGCCUCACAACUUCCCCAACAGCUGCCGGUGCGCCAGCAGCAGCCGUCAACCUCCUCGACGCCGACACCACCCUCACAUCCGCGAUCCAAACCCUCCGCACCCACCAAGACAACUACGCGCGGAUCCUCCGCCUACGCAGCGAAGCGGCAGACCUCGAAGACAAAGUAAAAGGCAUCAUCAAAACAGUCGUGGGAUACGAGAAGGAGAUCCGCACAACCUGCUCCUCCCACAAGGUGGACAGCUCCGACAGCGACAGUUCCGACGAUGACAGCGACGUAGAGAUGAGGGAUGAAGGAGACAACCAGCAUGCGAAGCUACGGGGCAUAAAGGAGGUAGAUUAUCGGCUGUUGCUUGAUUUUGCGCGGCGGAUUAGUAAAUAUAACCAUCAGGCGGCGGCGGAUGCGGAGGAAGGGGCUAAGGCGCGGGUUAGGGGGGACGAUGCGGAGAUGACGGGGAUGAAUGGGAAUAAUGAGGAGGGGGCGGAGCCGGUGGCUCGGGUGACGAAGGAUGCGACGUCUUGGUUGGAUGAGUCGGCGAAUAUGACGCGGCAGAUGUACAUGUUGCCUUAUCCGAUGGAGGACCGGAUACGGUUGGGGCUUAUGGGGCAAAUUCAGCUGGCUGCUGUGGAAGGGCGGCCGGGCUUUGAUUCGGAUCAGGAGGUUGAGAGGUUGAUUCGCGAGGCUGAGGGAUUUGGGGUCGUGGAUGCGCCGGUGGCGGCGCAAGUGGAGGAGUCGAGUCGCGUUGGGGAGGCUGCGAAGGCGGCUGUUCAGGCUGGGUCUGCUGCGACUGGCAGUGGGUCGAGUUCUGCGCCGAAGCCUAAGCCAAAGGCUACCCUUGAUUUGGAUCUGGAUGAUGAUGAUGAUGAGGAUGAUUUUUGA